UCUCUCCUCACGCAGCUGCAUUCUCUCCCGACCCUAACCUUAUCCCCGAAACACCCCGAUCAACCCAAUCCUCCCCAUGACGGCCACGCUCUUCUCCAUCUCCCUCUCCCCCCAGUUCCUCUCCCUCCCCUCCUCCUCAUUUAAGCCGGUCCCCUCCGCAUUGUUUCCCUCGAAGAUACCGCAGCACCGUGCCCUCGCCUCCGCUGGCUGGAGGCACCCGCUCGCUCCCUUGGCCGUGGCCGUGGCCGUGUCGUCGGAUGUCGAGACGGAGGUCGCGGAGGAGUUCUCGGAGGACCUAAGGGUGUUCGUUGGCAACCUCCCCUUCAGCGUCGACAGCGCCCAGCUGGCCGGCCUAUUCGAGCAGGCUGGCUCCGUCGAGAUGGUCGAGGUCAUCUAUGACAAAUUGACUGGACGAAGCCGUGGAUUUGGGUUUGUCACUAUGUCUACUGUCGAAGAGGUCGAGGAGGCAGUUGAGCGGCUCAAUGGCUAUGUACUCGAUGGGAGAGCUUUGAAGGUGAAUUCAGGGCCGCCGCCACCCAAGGAUCAAUCCUCACCAAGAGGAUUUAGAGAGCAGUCAGGCGGAUUCAGGCAGCAAUCCUCACGUGGGCCCAGUGGUGGGGACAAUAGGGUCUAUGUGGGUAAUCUUUCUUGGAAUGUCGAUGACUCAGCUCUUGCAAACUUGUUCAAUGAGCAAGGGAGUGUCUUGGGGGCUAGAGUCAUCUAUGACAGGGAGAGUGGGAGGUCAAGGGGAUUUGGUUUUGUCACAUAUGGUACCAGUGAUGAAGUUCAGAAAGCAGUAUCUAAUCUUGAUGGCACUGACAUGGAUGGAAGACAGAUCCGUGUUACAGUAGCAGAAGCGAGGCAACCUAGGCGAGAAUAUUAAGAAAAAAAAACUAUUUUAGAUGUUGCUAAGCGGAACCAUGUAGUGCUGUUAGAUUUUUGCCCCAUAGCACACGUUUCAAUGACGAGCGUGCACAGUUGGUUUCCUGUCCGGUCUCCUGUAACAGAAUCUGCUAAUUUUCUGCUAUGCACCCGGUUCAAAAAAGAAGAUGCUGCUAAGCCUGUGGUUAGUAUCAGGUACGAACUAUAGAUUUGUUCUUCAUUGUUAUCCAUUCUAGUGUAAUUUCUCCAACGUAUGAGAUAUGUAUGAUUUUGGUUUCAACCAUCAGAUCCCUUCUGGCCUCAUCGUAUAUGGUUUAUUGAUUCA